GUUAAUUUGUGUUUAGGCACUGCUUGCAUGGAGGCCCUUUCCGCGCCUCCAUGCAAGCCAUUGAUGUCUUCGCUUGUUGUUUUAAAACAUUUUAUAAACAACAUUCGUACAUGCAGUGCAGAUACAUUUUCGGGAUCUUAUUUUUACGAAAUUUUAGUUUCCUUUCGCCUAAUUUUAGCAUUUAAUUGACAGCUUCGUUGAUCAUUUGUCCUUAUGAAGUCUGUAGUCAUAUCACUCAUAAAGUAUAUGUUUUUCCCAAAUGAGCCGCAGAGACAUAAGAAAUAUAUGUACUUUUGAACGGUUAUAUUAUUCGAUGAAUUUCUGUUGUGAGGAUUCUUGUGCGACUUAACCAUAUGAUAAAAAUAACUCAAAAUACCUUAUCAUGGCAAUGCUCUCUUUGUUUCACUAUCCGGAUAAAAGAUGUCCACAGUCCUACUCGAUUUACAGCCUUUUUGUUGUAAUUUAUUUGUUUUUUCCAGUAAAAUCUUUUGUCGUAGCCCAAGUAACAGACUGUCUGGCGGAGAAUGUCCGAACUGGAAACUUUACUCUAUCCACGUCAUUAACUUACACGGAAGGAGUGCCCGUUGGCGAAAAUUGCGUUGGUCUGUGCGUUAAUCGCACCGGCCCAUAUCCAGAUGGCAUGUUCUGGUAUCCCGGCGCGAUGCAUGAAGGAUGCAGAGCGUACGUCAAAUGUCAAAAUUGGGCUGCGGAAGUGUGGCUUUGUCCCGUUGGAGAAAUCUUUGAUGCGUAAGAAGCUGAAUAAUGGUGUAGCAAUGCCACAGCAUUGUCGGCAGCUGCGCCGAACCGAGUGACGACAGGAGCGUCAGAAGACAGCAAUGCGAGAGACCAGAGUCUGACAGUUUAGCGUUUACGUCAGUUCUGGCAGAGGAAUCAAGUACCCCCGAAUUAGCAAUAACAUCGGAAGACCCUAGUAACCUUUCGGCGACAACCAUAAGCUCCACCACAACCAACCACGAGCACAAUAUAACCGACUUCUCCCACAUUCUCGAACAAGUUAACGAUCCACUUUCCCAUGUUUACCCCGUUACCGAACCUAUUACUACAACAACAGUUACGUCAACAACAACGGAACGGGCAACGGAGAGUGUGCCGCGUCUGGGCACGGACGCAGCUGCAGCAAACCGGACACUCGUCAACAACGAUACACAGAGCAUUUCCUUCACAACAGACGAUGAUGAUGCUGCGGAAACUGAUACCGCGUCGUCUGAGCCCGCGGAAAUUGUGACGUCUACCGAGGAUAACUCUGCGAUUUCAACGGAUAGCUUGCCGGAAACAUCCACAUUGGAAUCACUUAUUACUAGCACUGUCCAGAAUUCUUAUGUAGAUUCUGAUGCCGUGACCCUUGAUGCCAAGUCUGGAGCAACGGACGCAUAUACCAGGAAACAACAGCAAAAAGAAGAGAUCAAAUAUCGUUUCUACAAUUUCCCGGGUACUCUGCUGCGCAUUCCAGUGCGGAUUCGGGCUCGCGAUAAGGAAUCUGUUUAGAAUUGUUAACUUACACUGUCAAGAUUUAUCAUACAUGUAUGAUGACCUUCGAGAACCAUACGAGUGCAUUAAAUGUUCAUAUUUAACAGGAAUUUGUUACUGUGCCACUGUGCAUUAAUAUUACCUGAAGCAAAAGUUUCCGGGGUGAUUAGUGCUAAACGAGAAUAUGUUGAACUACUAGUAUGUUCCACUUCCUUUGAAAGGUGUGCCAUGCGGGAAUUAUAGUAAUAUCGUUGUGUUUAAGAGUAAAAUCGUUGGCAAACGUGGCAAAAAUUUCAGAUUUUAUACGUACAGUACAUAGAAGUAUUCAUAUUUCAAAAUUUCGCGAAAGCCGUGCAAAGUUGCAAACAAACACCGACGCGGUUGUGUUAUACCUGUAACCUGGUAUCUGUUGUCGUCCAACGGGCGGGCACCAGCAGGUUUGUGCGUAAUGCGCCAAUGCAGGUCCGUCGCGCGCCGUGAACUGUUCUCCUGGUUUUUUAUGCACUGACCCUUGUGGAUUUCGAUUUAUGCCCGUAUUUUAUUUACCUGAAAAUCGAAUUCUCCUUGCAAUCCCUUUGUCUUCAUAAAUUUCGGAUAUUCUUCGUUACCAGUUACUGUUUUCCUUAUCGCCUUUUUAUCGUUCAAAUGCCACCGAAGGCAAAACCAAACGGAUACGCUUUGUUUGUCUUGGAGCAGAGUCGACUGAACCACAUAGAUCCCAGAGCUGGCUUCUCGAAAUUCCAGGCGGAAUGGAACGCUCUCGACAAUUUUGGGAAGAACUACUACAAAGAAAAGGCGAAAGCACAGAAGGCCACCGCUUCAGCUAACAACGCUGUGGAUGGUGGAAAUGUACAGGCGCCGCCGCCGCCACCAGUUUAUGAUCCGAUUGCCAAUAUCGAAAAUUUUCGCGCUAAUAAUAAGCGCGCGUAUCCCGAUGAUGGAUACGAUGAUGAUUUUGGCGAUUAUUACGACGACGAAGACAUCUACGUGGAAAAUGCACCCGCCAUGGUUAAGAAAGUAUUCCUGGUGGGCGACGACACUGGAUUCACCACGGAAAUGGUAGUCACAGCGGAACACGUGAACGUGGAGGAGGACAACGAACUGCUGGAAGUGCUAACCAAAGACAGCGAACUCCUCCAGAAUGUCCUCGAAGCAUAUCGUGAUUUAAAUGAAAUUCGCAAUUAUCAUGUGUUUGUCAUGUCCUGCACGCCGGUGAUUUUCGCGCAAGGCAUAAAGAAAGGAUCGAAUCGACCAAUGAACCGGCCAGUGGAGAUUGCCGUCAGUGCCUUCUCCAUUCACAAUGGUGUGGAAAAGGCGUUCUACCAAACAUUUGUGUAUCCUGGCAUCAUUCCCGAGAUUGAAACGAUUCACGCCAAUGAAUCAAAAAGGAUCGUUUUGACGACUUGCCCCUUGCACUUGCAGGAGCAGAGUUUCAUGGCAUUCCACACAAUGAACAGCUUCUUGUGGAUGACGAUUGUUUUCAGUUUGACCAAAAUGGAUUUACAUUGUCGCGCGACUAUUACGAGAUUAAUCGUCAGGUGCUACGAUUUAUGGGAUACGAUGGAAAAAAUGAAGCACGCCUGCCUCCUUUACUGUGUUCUGGCAGCUACAUCGGAAUUACGGAAGCUUGUUUUCGUUGGUUGGCCGCGCAAGCCAGAAAGCAGGCAGUCGGGCGAAAAUUACCAGGUCUCCCGCAAGUUGCUUUCGGCAAGUUGGAAACGUUUAUCCAGUUGGCACACCGUGCCCGUACAGCAAAAAUGGAGAUUAAAAAGGAAACUCCUUUAUCUGCCCGGAUUUAGAGAAUUUUAAACCGGAAAGAGGCUUCCAUCGGCAUCUGUUGAAGUUGAGUUGCCCGUUUCACGCGAAAUGUACUACAAACAAAAUCUGCGCUUUGGGAGCGACUCAGGAAGCUUGUUAUCUGGCGCUAUACAAGCUGCACGAUGUUUAUGGAAUGCCGAUAAAGGAACCAUACGUGUAUCUGGAAAAAGAUGUAGUCGAGGAACAGAAAGCGCAUUCGACUGCUUCAUAAGUCCUACUUCUCUAGGCCUUUUCAGUCUUUUCAUUAGUUUUUUUUCUGCCCUAGUCUUUCUUUGGCAGCAAUAUCGUUUGGUUGCUAAUUACGUCUCCCCGGAUUUUAUAGAACCAAGGAUUUUGUUUCCAACUUAGUUGGUUGUGCCACAUUUGCAUCAAAUAGAAAUCUGAACCAGUUAACUUAUUUUGACGGAGCAGUGUAGUUGUUGGUGAAUGAGGGGCUUUGUUCCGAGUGUUUUUACGUUUCAAUCAAAUGCACGUACAGAAACUUGAUUUUACUGAGUGGAUCAAAGAAUAAA